GAAAGAAAGAAGAGAAUGACGAUCCACGUACGAAGUCGCGCACUGCGUCCGUCAGUGACGUUCGUAGAGAUGAUCCGGCGACACGGCGGCGAUGCCCUUGCCGUGGUCCGCACCUCCAUGUUCUCUUCCUUGCCGAGGCGUCGCGGAAUCACGAAGGCGAGAAAGCUUUGCCUCGCGGCAAAGGUGCUGCAAGUGCCCGCGUUGCAGAAAGCAUGCACCAUCGGCGAGGACGACGACGGGCGUCGUUAUUCGCGCUGAUUUAGUUGAAGGCUGCGGAUUUACGGAUCUACCCUUACUGCCACGCACUCGCUCUGCGCAAAGGAAUGAAACAGAACAGCGCAGCUGGAUACGCGAACGUACCCGCGUGGGCUGGCCGGAUGGUGCCAACGCGGGGGAACCGCUCGCGACCACUCGUGGAAUUGAUGUACUGCGACCGGAGAACAAUGCCUUGUGACCAACGACGUGCCGCAUUGCAGUGCAAUCUUUUCCCUCGCCGCGUCCACGCCUGACAGCACUACGGAAACGCCUACAUUUCCGAAAAUUAUGGAAAUGUGCUCGAAUGAGCGUCUGACAAAUGUGAUAUAUGAAAAUUUAAUAGUCAGUUAAAUGUAAUAAAUUAACGAGCAAAGCUAUCAACAAUUUUC